UGGUUAUGCUGUUUAAAAUCUAUACAACUGAACUUGUUGGUGGUUGACGCUUUGUUGUUGGACAUUGAUCAAAUUUUAUGGGCUGAACGAAGCACUCCUACUCUCUAGUGACUAAGAAAUGAGCUUCUUCAUUAAUUGGCGGAGACUGUUGACAUGUGGUACAAAAAGAAAGUCAUUUUUUGGAACUUUCAUAUAGGAAUAAGCAUUCGAUUUGUAUAUAUUUGUAUAUAGCCAAUGUGAAAACCUAAAUUAAGCAAGUAUGAAGAGAGAAGAGAAACGACAGAAGUUCCAUGAAGGCCUCCUUCGAAUGCUCUAUCCUCCUCCACCUUCACCUCCUCCCCUAGAAGAAAACGAUGAAGAACCACUUCACAUUCUCGGACAAGGCAUCAACUUCGAUCAAAUUCCAGAUGAAGCGGAAGAUGAUAGGGGCUCUUCCUCCUCUGACGACCAGGCGUCUGAUCAUGGGCCUGAUCAGAAGCUCACAAGGGCCAAGAGGAAGAGGCUUCGACGAAAGAAGCUUAAGGAAGCCGCCUCUCACCGCCAGAAUAUAAUUGGGCCGUUGUUACCUACCGCAGAGAAUGAUCGGAAUGGUGAAAAUGUGAGUACGACAGAAGAGGAACCACAAGGCGUUCGACAAAAUGCCAAUGAGCCAGGUGAUGCAGACUCUUGCUCGAAACAAAACAGACUAAAACAAAGAAGAAUUGCUAAACGGUUGGUUGGUGGCAGCUCAAAAUCAACUAGUGAAGGCGACAAACCUUAAAAAUCCCUAUCCUUUUGCCAAGAGCUAAAGCUUGGCGGAUUUCUUGUGAAAUGAAGGACCACUGGAACAGGCAGAAGUUAAACUAUAACUGUUAAGAAGAAAUCGAAUUUGAUACUACUAUGGACAAAAUUUUAAGAAGCAAGUUGGAUUUGUAUCUUUUCAAAAAUAUCUAACGCAUAGUUUUUAUUUUGAACUGUGUGGUUCAUGUUCGUGUA